GGAGCAGGGAGGAGGUCCGCAGGCAGCACGGGCGCUGCGCUGAAGGGUCCCGCGCCGGCUCCUGACCUGACUAUGGCCGAUAAGGGUCCGUUCUUAACCUCGUGUAUCAUUUUCUACCUGUCGAUCGGAGCGGCAAUAUUCCAAAUUCUGGAGGAGCCGAACUGGGAGGCGGCCAAAUCCACAUACACCCAGGAGAAGCAUAGGAUUUUACAAAAGUAUACAUGUUUGACCGAGGACGACCUGGAAGACAUUUUGGAGGUAGUGUCAGAGGCUGCCGGCCAAGGCGUAACCAUCACAGGGAAGAAUCAUAUCAAAACCUGGGACUGGUCCAACUCGGUCAUCUUUGCUGCCACGAUCGUCACUACUAUAGGGUAUGGCAAUGUCGCUCCAAAGACCAUUAAUGGCCGUGUGUUCUGCAUCAUGUACGGUCUUUGCGGGAUCCCGUUGUGUCUGGUGUGGAUAAGUGAGCUGGGCUCAUUCUUUGGCGACCGUGCUAAACGUUUGUCACAGAUUCUGAUCCGUAAAGGCAUCGCAGUGAAAAAGGUCCAGUUUAUCUGUACAGCCCUCUUUCUUUUAUGGGGGCUGUUUGUGCACCUGGUGAUCCCCCCAAUUAUUUUCAUGUCUCUGGAAGGCUGGAGCUACCUGGAAGGCCUCUAUUUCUCCUUCAUCACCCUUACCACUGUUGGCUUUGGAGACUAUGUAGCGGGUGUCAAUCCAAACAUUGAGUACCCGAGUUUGUAUAGGGUCUUCGCGGAGCUGUGGAUCUACAUGGGCCUGGCCUGGCUUUCGCUGUUCUUCAGCUGGAACGUCCACAUGGUGGUGGAGGCCCACAAAGUGCUGAAGAAAAGGAGGCAUAAGCCCAAACUCCAUUUGGAGAAGCAACCCCAGCCAGCAGAAGAGAUGCACAGCCCAGAAGCACGACCCACAGUCAUUGACAUCUUCAAGUUCCUUUCUGAGAACGAGGACGACUACAGCACUGUUAUCAAGGGGAUUGGAGAGUCAGCCAAGAAGAGGAGCCUCUCCGACAGCGCCAAUCGCUCUAAGAGUUGUAGUGACAUCUUGGCCACCAACAUCCAGACUCUGGAUCAUUCUCCGCGGCGGAGACGCAAAUUCAGUAUCAGCGAAAUGUUCAUCGACGCAAAGGCAGCCCCGGACUGUAACGUAAAAGCAGAAGAAGGCCUUUCACUUAUCCUGGACAGCGACAAAGACCGUAAACUGAGAGAAUGUCUGCUUCUAUGUGAGGAGGAUCAGGACAGCUGUGUGUUUGACUCAGAGAAGGAGUACAGCAUCAGCUGUGAACCUGAUGAAGACCUCAAGGAAGAGGAAGGUGUUCAGGGUCCGGGUAGUGGGGGAACCAGGUUUACCAUAUCCAAGGUAUCAGAGGGAGAUCUGAUUACAGAUAAAGAUGAAGAGGGGUAAAUGAUUGAGAAUAAUAUAUUAAAUAUGUUGUGGAGUCGUGGAACCAUGUCGAUUAAGUUAGUUGUUGUGAUAAACUUGAUCGCGAACUUGUCCUUUAUCUGUGGAGUAAUCUGUAGGAGGCAUAUUUGAAUGAUGGUAUGUAAUGAACACCAGCUUUAGUAGCAGCCCUUGCCCCCUAAAUGCUGACAAAUAUCAAUAUGACAUAAAGUAGGCAGUGUAAGAUGCAUCAUUCUACACAAGCCAGGUUGUUCUGUCAAAUGAUUCCUUACUUUGAAAAUGCUUUUUUUGUUGAUACUGUCUAUUCAUCUUUAGGCACUCUA